AUGAGCAAUUUGUUAGUACCACCAAUUUUACUUCAUGAUGACAAUGAUCAUUCGGAAUUACCAGACGAUCAUCAAUACGAGGAAGCAGAUAAAAAUGGUACGAUGGAAGAGUCAUCAGAUCGGAGGCAAGCCUCUUCGUUAUCGUCAUAUCAUCAUCAAUUAGCUUCCUUGAUACCUCCAUUCGCCCGAGAUAUUCGAUUAAUUUUGAAUAAAUUCGUGGAACUGAACACGGCAUCUCUCCGAGAGUUUAAAACAUUGUGGAUGUCUCUCAAAUUUUCGUACAUUCACGGAGGAAAACCUGAUGAGGUGAAUUAUGACACCUAUAUCCAAGAAGUGUACACAACUUGCAUUGGAUAUUUAAUGUUCUCGCAAGAAAAGUCUUCUAAUCAAACUAAUAAUGCGGACCACAACAAUGAAGGAGCAUCAUCUAUCGAUUUAUCAGUUAACUUUAGAUGUAGAGUUGGAGUUAUUUAUUUAUUGUAUUAUCUUUAUUGCACGCAACCGAAACGAAAAAUUGGAGCCUUUCAACAAAAACGAGUUCAAAUCAAAAUAUCCAUUGAAGCAUUUCAAGAAAUGUUAAAAUUGUUGGAAGAGUUUAUAAAGCGAGAUUUAACAGAGCCAUUUAUUGUGUGGCAUAGAUUGAAAAGUCUCUCUGCUUUUGAAUAUUGUGCCAUGGUGUAUGUGGAUCCAUUGAUGAGCUCUCUACGGAAUCCUUUUGACAAUGUAGAGGAAGAAAUGUUGUCAGAUGAAAGAGCAAAAAUUGCAAAAACAAAUCAUGCGCCAAAUAUUGACUAUCAGGCUGUAAAAACAAUUGAUGAUUCUUAUCAAUCAGUUAAAAGCGACAUCAUAAGUGCCACUGAAAGAGCUCGUGACAAUAUUACCCAUCAAUACAAUCCAGUUGUUGGCACUAUAUCCGUCAAGCAUGCUUUGAGUUUAACCAAGCCUAAUUUUGUGGACGAAUUGAACAAUGCAACAGCUGAAAUUAAGUUAACUCCAGAACAGAAAAUAACUCAAUUUUUGGACAAGUAUGAAAAUGAUCCUGCUGGCACCUCUUUAAUCAAGAAAAAACGAAGAAAGAAACGAGUGGUAAAGAAGAAGGAGGAAGAGCAAAUUAGACCAAGACCUAGCAUGAAGAAGACCCCUUCGAAAGCCUCUCUGGAGGUCAGCCGAUCUGUCAACGACUUUAUAACAUCAAAUAUCAACGACGACAUUGAAGAGGGAGGAAAAAAGAAGAAAAAGUCUAAAGAUUCAACAGAAGAAGGUAAAAAGAAGAGAAAGAAAACUAAAGAAGAGAGCAAUCAUGAUGAAACAAGUGAGGAGCCCAAAAAAAAGAAAAAGAAAGAGAGGAACAAGGAGGAAGCAACCAAUCAAGAUGAGGAGGAAGAAAAAAAGCAAAAGAAAACUAAAAAGACCAAAAAGAAGUCAAAGAAAACAGAGGAAGAGCAAGACAACAAUGAUGAUCACAAGGAAGAGAAACCAAAGAAAAAGAAAGACAAAAAGAAAGAAGCGCCAGAGAAAAAAAAGAAAAAGAGCAAAAGCAAAGAUGAAGAAAACAAUGGAGACAGUUCAAGCAAAAAAGAGGAGUCAGCGGAACCCGAAAAGCCAGCCCCACGAAGGUCAACCAGAGUAAUUAAGAAAAAGAAAUAUGACAGUGAUACGGAGUAG